UACAAUUAAAAAUGUUGAUUUGUUUGUCUGUUUUUGGUGUUUGUCGUGUUUGGAGCAUGAAACUUCCAUUUUUUUGGGGUUCUUUUUUGGGCAUGAUCAGUGCUGACAUUUUUGUUCUAUGCACAAAAGUUCUUGUGUUCCCCAUCUUUUUUUGUGGGUUUUUUUUUAUUUUUGAUUUUUUAAAUUUAUUUUUGAUGUGCAUGAUCUUUGCAAAUUCAUUUCAGGGUUCUUAGUGUAGUGCGGGCAUUGUGCAAGAUCUUGAAAUUUGAACUUUGAGCUACAAUCAGAGGAAAAUUUUCUUUACAUAAAUUGAGGUUUAGUGUAUGGAUUAGGGAGGUAAUUUAAUACGGAAGUAAUCACGGGUUUUGAAAAUUUUGCCUUUUCUUACUACCCAGAAAACACCCUGUAAAGUAAUCAUCAGGGGAGGGGUAUUUUUUUCCCCCCUUUGUGUUUUGGGGCUUUCAAACACAAUAUGGUUUGAUUCUUGGGUGAAUCUGACGCCAUUAUGUUUUUCACUCUGAAUAAGGAGAUAUAGAAAUUAUAUCAAAAUGUGAAGUUGGAUGUAGUACAAACACAUGAUUUCAAGUAUUAAGUAGCAAUUCUAGAUUCCAAUCAUUUUACUUAACCUUUUCUGAUGUGUAAUAGGUGAUAGGGGGUAAGUUGAACUGUGACAUGGAUAAUCAAAUCUCUUGCUCUUUAAGCUAAGUAUUUCCUUUGUUUCUUGUCUGAUCUUUGUUGUUAUGUCUAUAUUGCUGUAUUAGUGGACAUACAUCUCUGUUGUCUUCGUUGACGACAUUACGAAUAGCAUUAUACUCUAGUGGAAAGUGGAAGUCCCUGAUGGAAAAGAUAGCUCUGUAAUGAACCCUCUUCAUAAGGGAGAUAUGAUAAUCAUUACCAGCCACUACUUUUUGCAUUCGAGCGUUUUCCUUUCUGAUUUUCCCUUUUUGGAGCCGAAGUGGUAGGUUUUUAGUGCACUUCCUUUCCUUUUUAUUCUUCUCCUUUUGGAGAACUUUUUGUUUUAUCUUGCCCUCAGGUUUAAAGUUCUUCAGUAGGCACUUUACUGCUUGUUUAGUGUUCAUUCCACUUUUCUUGCUGAAGUGUUUUUCUUUUUUCUUUUUCUUUUUCUUUGUUUUUUCCCAGCUUGAAGCCUUUACUAGACCAGGCAUUAGAAAGUAAGCCUUUAAUAUAGUAUGUGGAGGCAGCCAUAUGGAUAACUUCAAUUGUUGCUCUUUGUACGGCAUUCAUUCCAAAUUUCUCAUGAACUGAUGCAUAACAAUUGAGAUCAUCAAAAGGAUCUCUGAAAGUUUUCCUUUACCAAUUUGUAGGCAAAGUGUUGUGAUAUCUGUGGUAAUGAAGGUGUAAUUGAUGCGAUUGUCACUUGCACAGGAUGCAAGGUUAAUUCUGAACACCUGUAUUGCAUGCGCAUCUUCACAUACGAAUACCCAGAAAUUUGGUACUGUGAUGACUGCAAGCGUGCAAAUGAGAAACUCUCCUCAAGUUCCGGUGCGAAAGAAGGAUUUUUGGUGGAGUCGACUGAAGAUACUAGGAAAAUCCUUCACGGCCAUUCUACUCAACCAAAAAAGCUCCCGAAUGAUUCAAGGAUGAUUGGCAUGGACAGGAAAAAGAAGUUUAUCCCUGGUAAAACAAAACCUCUUUCUGCUGAGGAGGUUAUUAGACUAAGUUCCGGAGCUUUGAACCAUGUUUCCCCGGUAAAAGUUGUCCACUCUAGAUCUGUACCAAGGAAGAAUAGUUCAACUCUCUGUAAAAACAUUCCAGUCAGGUGCAGAGAUGUACCUCCCAAGUUUCCAAACCAGCUGAUUAAAGCCACUGUCUCUUCAGCUCCUGCACCUUCACGGCACAUCAAACCCAAUGUGGCUCAUCACAUUCCACAAUCUAUCAAAGCAGUCACGAAUGUGAAUGAGGUCUGUCGGAGGGAUCUUGAGCAGAAAAAGGAUGGCCGUAGUCAAGCUACUUUGAAAGAACAUACACAGAAUUCAAAAGACGUGCUUUGGGCUCCUAUCAAUGAACCAUCUAUGGAUGCGGAACGGAGUACUGCAGAAAUCAGGUUGGAAGAAGGAAAAUGUGAGCUAAAGAUUUCAUCUGAACCAGAUGUACCUCGUCAACAAAUUGUUAGAUCAGGCAAUGCUGCUUUGAGUAAUUCUGAGCCUUGGAGAACUACCAGUUCAGUCAAUCACUUUUGUGAUCCCAGCCUAGAUGCUGCCUGGAACGGCAGCUUCAAAGUUUCAAAUGCUUCUAAAAGUUGGGAAAUCAGUGAUAAGGUGCAGGCUCAUCCUCGUUCCAGAGUUCGUAAGAAGGUCUAUGAAUUAUCAAUGAUGAUGCCUGAAGCUCUUCAGUUUGAGCUGGUUCCACGUAGUGAUCUAUGGGGAGAUCUAUCCCAGUACUUGUUUCUUGACAGAAGAGACAUAGGUCUUUAUUUUUUUCCUGCUAACAUGCAGAGAUGGGAGCAGUAUGUCACAUUGCGGGAGCAUAUGGAAGCAGAAGACUUGGCAAUGAGAACCAGGGUGGAGGACAUGGAGUUGUUAGUAUUUACUUCGAAACUCUUCAGAAAGGACUGCCAAAGAUGGGCUGGGAGACGGUAUCUUUGGGGCGUGUUUAAGAAAGCCAAACAUGCAAGUCAGGUCAGUACAGAUGAAUGGCAUUCUGAAAUGGACAGUAAUGAGGUGGUGGACAUGGAUGUAGACAUGAUCGGUGGGGAGGACAUUGGAAGGUUAUAAAUUUUUAUCUCGAAGGAAUCUCUUCAGGUGACAUCGCCAGAUAUGUCAGUGGACAUGGAGAUUGAAGAGACAGGCAAGGAAGCCGUUGGCCAAUCCCUGACAUUCACCCCGGUUUUGCCUGAUGAUGACAUCCCCCCUCCCGGUUUUGAAAACACUCGCCGUAAGAUAAUGUUGAGCUCUCGUUAUUCCAUUCACAGAAAUUGAUAAGCUGAUGUAAACACUGAUAGAUUUAGCAGAAUUAGGGGUCCCGGGGUCAUGCCAUUGUAAAUUGCCUGAAACCUCAAACCUUCCCCAGGCCAAUUUCUUCCCUUGAUUGUUAAACUGAUUUACUGAUAGUGAUUUAGCUGAUGAUGGUCUAGUGAUAGGCAUCCUACUGAAUUAUGUUAAUAACUUUACUUGACUUGUUAGAAUUGUUUAUAUGAAUGUAGUAUAUUGAAGUUCAAG